UCCAACCGUAUAGAAAGUAAAUUGAAAAACAUCAGCUUUUAUUUUCAGCGUGGCACCUACUGUAUGAAUAUCAUUAAUGUUACAUAUAGCUAACCAUCAAGUCAUCAGAGUAUCAUAUAUCAAAAGCAUCACAAAUACAUAUAGGAGUCCAACAUGUAUCAUAUCAAUAUAUAAUUUCAAAAUGUUACAUAUAGCCAACACAUCAACAGUGAAUCAUAUCCGUAGUAUCAAUAUUAUAUAUAGCAGACCAUCAUCAUGUUAUCAGAACAUUAUUUGAGUGUAUCAUAUCCAUAGUAUCAAUAUUAUAUACAGCAGACCAUCAUCAUGUUAGGGGUCAUUCACAAUUGUCAACAUUAACAUAAGCGUACAAACCGUACGCUGGGAGGGAGGGGGUUAACAGCCGCUGUACACUUUUUAGAAAUACAAAUAAAUGUCGAUUUAUAACUUUCCGAGAAAUCUAUUUUCCCCCUAAUUGUCGUUAUUAUAAACAGCACCUAUUCAGCACCCAUUUUAAACACCGAUACCUCACAGAUAACUAUGCCUCACAGCGGGUCUCUUGAAAAAAAGGCGGUAAACUACAUAACAAAAAAGAAGAAGAAUGGCGGACAAUGUUUACGAUCGCCCCGGGGAAAACCUGAAAGCUUUGUCAAAGUUUCUUGUGAAUGGAGGGGAUGCUAUUCAUAAAACUCCUAACAAUGAAUACAUGCAGUUUAUCAAUGCCUUUGUGUUCCUCAAUGACAACCUGAAACGUGCCGAUGCCGUGACAAAAGGACAGAAAGCGUGGCAUGAUCGUGAACAUGGCCGAGGCGAAGUCGACAUUACACUAAAAAACGCCGUCAUUAAAAUGGAGCAAGUUCGAAACAAGAAGAGAACUAUAAAGUCAUUCUUCGCAGUUCAACCAAAGAAAACAACUGUUAAACAAGAUACAGAUGUUGCUGACAAACCAAAGCAAGAACCUGUUCAGGUGUGUGUGGAACUGCAGGAGGUAACACCUGCCUCUGCUGUGGCAUGGAAAGACACACGUCAAGCCCAUAUUUUAGAUGGCCAGGUAUGUUUUUACCAGCAAGGCUGAUGAAGAUAGACACAUCAAAAUAAUUCAUGGCGGAGUUCGGGCAUUGAACAUGAUAGACAGGACAGAUAAGGCAACCGAAGCUCAUGAAAAGAUCCACAAGUGCCCGAUUUGUAAUGAGAAGUAUCCCAGAAGAUACCAGCUCCUAAAACAUCAAAACCAGGACAAUCACAAGCAAAAGAAAGGAAGACCCAAGAAAAUCACUUGAACGUGGCUUCUAGAUUAUGAUAGGACCA